AAAUAGAAUGCCACUAUAGGUUUUUAAUUUUUGUAAUUUAUUUCAGCCCGAGUAUUUCGCGGUGUAUUAACAACACGACACUUCGUACUAUCGGUUUUUGUGCAAUACGAAAAGUGACUUUCAAUUAAAAGUUAACCAAAAUUCGUUAUUCAAAUCAAAUUGCCAUUUCUUUUCAUCUAACCUGUGAUUAUUGUCUUUCCUAGGUCUAACCUUUCUAUGGUUUUAUUAACUAGUGAACAUUUAACAACUAUGAAUACUACAUACCAAGAUAAAAUUACACAAAGUCUGGAAAACAGCAGGAAUUGCCUACGUCGUAUUGCACGAAACGAUGAUACAGAGAGUUCACCGCACAGCAUCAUGAAUGUCAUUGAGAAAUUUGUCAAAACUGUCAAUGCCAUGGAUGAAACCAUCCUGGUACCUUGUCGGUUGAUGGACUUGAAAGUUGGCGACGACCAGGAUCCCACUUCUGAUAAACACAACACCAAGAACAAGAAACAUUCAGUGCAACAAACGCUGGAUUCAACAGAUCUGUUCGAAAUUUACAGCAUGCUCAAAAAUGUUAAAGAUGGGCUAUUAUGGGGAGGUCAGUCCCAACAAUCUCAAGACAUCAUUCAGGAUACUACUUUAGUACCACAAUUACCAAUGAAAGGCCAUAUUCGCCGACCAUCAACUGUAAGCGUAGCUUCGACAAAUUCGAGCACCUCCGCACUCAGUGAUUCUGAGUCAGAUGCCAGUGGUAACGAGAAUGACUCGGGCAUAGAAGAAGUGGUUCAAGAGGAAUGUCACACCGAAAGAAUAGCUCACGACUUCCAAAGGCAUUUAACUGGUUUGACCAGUUCACUCAGGCAGAUGACUGAAGCAGCUCAGUACCUGACUUGGCGUUAUCAGCAUGAUAUUGAUGGGCCAGUUUAAUUAUUAUUGUAAAUGGUUUUAGGGCAAUAAAUACCAACCUAGAUGGUGUACAUAGCUGGGAAAAAGUGGAAUCUAAGUAGCUAGUAAAUCUUGUUGUUAAAGAGAUCUUUCAUGAAAGAUCGCACUCUAUUUAUUGUUUUGUUGGCUUUUUUCCAAAUAUGUGCUGGUGCUUGUGGCUGUAUGAGUGAAUUAUAGGAGUGGCUGUGCGAGUGUGAUGGCUAAAUCUGCAAAGUGAUAUCAUUUAGAUUAUCUAUUUUUGCUCAUUAUCUUUAUAUUAUAUUUUUAUUUAUUUUAGUGAGAUUUAGAUAGAUUGUAAUCUUUAUUUAUAAAUAAAUUUAUUUAAACUAAAAUAAUA